AUGUAUGCCGCUCACGUAUCUUACGUUCAUUCCACUGAUCGACUCGACUACAUAGCAAACUCGAGUACCGAGAAGGGGGCUGGUGACUCUCCUGAGGUGCUACGCUGUAGAGAUGCGAUCACCGUACACACUGCCGCCUAUGCUGAUUUAGCUCUGGCGCCUUACUUCGGCUCAUUAAUCAACUUCGUGCGUGAAUGGGAGACCUCUGGCUGUGCUGCAGGGUCGAUGAACCAGCCCCAAGGUGUGUGUUCAGGGGACAGUGGCAACAGCUCAAUUCGUUCUGUGGAUGAACGUGAGGCUGUAGUAGCAGUAAAGGCUGAAGAGGGUGAGCCAUGUAUUUGGAAAUAUUGA